AAGAGAGAUGCAGACGAUGGCGCAUUCCGCAAAAACGUUUUAUUCCUUCAACCUCACGCCGCACAGAUACACUGCUCCCUUCUUCCCCUCCAAUCUUCCCUCCUCCCUACGACGCUCUCCCCUUGCUUCUCGCGCACACUAACCAAUCCGAGCACCUGACGCCGCGGCCCCCGAUCGAACCCACCGGAGCCGCCCGGGGCCCACGCCAUUGCCCGAAUCGGGAGGCAUUCGUUCGCCUGCGCUGCCCCCUCCGUGUCGUGGCGGUGGCGGUGGUGGUAUGUAUGAUCGGUAGACGCGGAGGAGGCGGUGGCGGUGGCGGUGGCGGUGGGGAUUAAAGCGGGUGUGGCGCUGGUGGGAGGAAGGUGGGGGAGGCGAUGAAGGCGACGGCGCCGCCGGCGAAGCGCCGGAGGGGCCCGCGGCUGGCGGUGCUGGCGCUGGUCUUCUGCUCGCUGCUCGUGCCGAUCGCCUUCCUCUUCAACCGCUUCCCCACCGUUUAUGUGACGGAUGAGCGCCCCCAGCAGGAGAUUGACUUGCCUUCAUUCGAUCGCUUGGGGGUGAAAAGUGGCGGCGGUGUAAAUGAAGUGAGGCGGGAGGGUGCUGCUGUUAGUACUGGUGUCAAUGCAGAGGCACAGGAUGCACUUGAGAAGAUUUCCAGGAGCAGUAAAGACUUGCAACACAAAAGUGAUAGUGAACCUUCCAGAGUUAGCACUAAACCAACAGUUCUCUCCCCUCCAAAAAUUGAACAACCAAAGCCAGAAGUGAAGCCAGUAUCAGUUCCAGUUCAACACACAACAGGUGUUAUUGAACGUAGCAAGCCUAGGGGUGCCAGAGAUCAAAAUGCUGAUGAGGUGGAAAAGGCCAAGGCUUGUCAACUUGAAUUUGGGAGUUACUGUCUCUGGUCCAUAGAACACAAAGAAGUUAUGAAAGAUGCCAUAGUGAAAAGACUGAAAGAUCAGCUAUUUGUAGCCCGGUCUUACUACCCAAGCAUUGCCAAACUUAAAGGAAAGGAGGCAUUGUCUCGUGAAUUGAAGCAAAAUAUUCAAGAACAUGAGAGGGUUCUCAGUGAAUCCAUUGUUGAUGCUGAUCUACCAUCCUUUAUCAAAAAGAAGAUAGAGAAGAUGGACCAAUCAAUAGCAAGAGCUAAAUCAUGCACUGUGGAUUGUAACAAUGUCGACAGAAAGCUUCGCCAGAUUCUUCAUAUGACAGAGGAUGAAUCUCAUUUUCAUAUGAAGCAGAGUGCAUACCUAUACAACCUUGGUGUUCACACCAUGCCCAAAAGUCAUCAUUGUCUUAAUAUGAGAUUGACAGUAGAAUAUUUUAAAUCCACUCCAUUGGAUUCAGAUGACUCUCCUGUCCAUAAGUUUAACAUUCCAGACCAUAGGCACUAUGUUAUAUUAUCUAAAAAUGUUCUUGCAGCUUCUGUUGUCAUCAACUCAACUGUUAGUAGUUCUGAGGAUACCAAGAAUGUAGUCUUUCAUGUACUUACUGAUGCUCAAAAUUUCUAUGCCAUGAAACACUGGUUUGCAAGAAACUCCUACAGGGAAUCAGCUGUCGAUGUUAUCAACUAUGAACAAAUUAUUUUGGAGAGUUACCCUGAUUUUGGCACCCAGCAGUUAUAUUUACCCGAGGAAUUUCGUGUUUUCAUCAGUAGCUUUGAGUGGCCUACUGAAAAGACUAGAAUGGAGUAUUUAUCAGUGUUCAGUCAUUCACAUUUCUUUAUUCCGGAAAUAUUCAAAGAUUUAAAAAAGGUAAUUGUGUUGGAUGAUGAUGUGGUUGUUCAACGUGAUCUCUCUUUCUUGUGGAAUCUUGAUAUGGGAGAUAAGGUUAACGGUGCUGUCAAAUUUUGUGGUCUGAGACUUGGCCAAUUGAGGAACCUUCUGGGUAGGGCAAUCUAUGAUCCACAGUCUUGUGCAUGGAUGUCUGGGGUAAAUGUGAUUGCUUUGGACAAAUGGAGAGAGCAUAAUGUUACAGAGAGUUACCUGCAACUACUGAGGAAGUUUGGAAACAGUGACGAUGAGGCUUCACUACGAACUGCAGCUUUGCCUAUAAGCUUGCUUUCCUUCCAGCAUCUUGUAUAUCCUCUUGAUGAGACGUUGACUUUAUCUGGACUUGGAUAUGACUAUGGUAUUGACGUAGAAGUUGCCCAGAGUUCUGCUGCAUCAUUGCACUACAAUGGUAAUAUGAAACCGUGGCUUGAGUUGGGUAUACCGAACUAUAGGAAGUACUGGAAGAGGUUUCUUACACGAGAUGAGCGAUUCAUGGAUGAGUGCAAUGUAAGUCCAUAGUGCACUUGGACCUGGGAGCCAGAGCAUUUGACAGUAGAUUGUUAGUCUACUGCUUCUGUACUAUAUACCAAGAGGACGAGCACUUCCAUCAGUCAGUAGCCAUCAAUUUUGACAGAGUAGAUCCAACACCAUCUGUUCAUUAAAUUAGUGAGCUCGAUGGAUGGUUUUUUCUGCAGUUAGAGAAGUUAGUCUUAUGUUUGAAGGAUAAUGAAGUAGACAACGAUGAUGUGUGGUGGCGAGGCUUCAGGUAAGAGGGAGCACCACACUCACCAUCUAGAUUAUGAGACAGGAUGAUCGGUGAGGGAUUGCGGCACCUUAAUUGAAAUUGGUGCUUUCUGCCUCAUUGAUGCAAGUUAUUUUUUUCCCUUUUUUUCUUUUGACCCCUCUUCCUUUGUCCUUCUGUCAAUAAGGGCAUACACAGGUUAAAUUCAAAUUCUUUGUUCUUAGUUGUUGCACAUUGAUUGUUCUACCAUUAUUAUGUUGAUGGAAAGUAUAUUAUGAUGUCAGAAACUCAUCAAAUACCAAACGAGAUUGACAGCUGUUCUGUUUGAAUAUUCAUCCAUUUCCUCA